AUGCCUAGCUCACUUCGAAGGGUAAAGACCGAGGUCUCCUCUCCCACCCAGGAUUACAACUACAGCGAGGACGCCGCGAUUCUCCGUAAGAAGACAGACGAUGGACCGUUCCACGGGCUGCCAGCGAAACGCCAAACACGAUGGAAAGUCAUAGCAAAGGUGCUAUCGCGGUGGGGCAUCACAAUGGCGGUAAUCAUCUCGAUAUACGUCGUGAUCUGGGUCUACUCAAGCAAGCCCGUCAUGAGCCAGACCACGAAGCGACAGUAUAACGCCCUCAUCACUGGCCUCUCUAUUGCCUUGGGUAUUGCUGUGGCCAGUAGUCUGAACCAUAUGGUGGCAGAGUUGAGGUGGUGGAUUCUGAGUCGACGGUAUCGUUCCAAGAGCAAGGUUGAGCGAAUUCUUGCCGCGGAUAACUUGAAGCACACAAUCAUGUUGGCGGUUCGAUCGAAGCGUUGGUCCAUUCACAUGGCGGCCACUGGUUGGCUCAUACUGUCAAUUGGUUCUCAAAUUGGUCUUGCAGCAAUCGGCCUCUGUUACUCGACUGAUACCGCAGACAAGCAAGCCUUGCUCGUUCCCGGAAAUGUGACUAUUCCUGACAUGACAACAAUCGGAACCGACAAAGUCGUCAAAGCAAACAGGCAGGGACUCGGUGCUUUGCAGUACACCGCCAACAGUUAUGGCACAAUAUCUCUGGCAUAUGACUCGGCAUCCAUGGAGAAAGUGCCAUCGGCAAGAGCCAUCUACGUCGAAAGCGAUCCUCUCAUGUUCUGCGACGAGAACCUCUGCAAAUACGUCUUCCACGAAACCUCCACUUCAUCCAUCAAAGAUGACGAUACGAACCCCAUGACCGUGUGCACCAACCGAAGUAUCAACGUUACAUCAUCGUGCACAUCCUGGCCGGUCAUCAGCGGUGGCAGUGGCAAUACCACGAAUGUCACCGUUGCCCUCGACAACGGCAACACCUACGAUCUCUACAUCCCCGUCCCCGGCGGUAGCGAUCAGUCGACAUUCAUGACAAACUCCCAAUUCGACUGCGGGCCGGGAUGCAGCAUCGUCUCCGUCUUCGAGGCAUCGGCUACCUCUCCAUGGUAUUACAGCUGCAACGUCUCGGUCCACGAAGUGGCAAACGCCACGCUGCCGGAACACCAAGUCGGCAACAAUCUCACGGAGCUGGCCACAGCAGCCAUUGCGCUGCAGGGAUAUGCUGCCUCGUCCCUUGCCAACGACACCAACUUCCAGUACCAGACGUAUCCUGCGGAGUCUAUCUUCGGAACGCCCAUGAACGGCACCAAUCAAGUCAUGCAGAUGAUCUUGAACCGCUUCACGAUCGGCGUUGUAGCCAUUGCUGCGCUGAACAACCCCUCGCUUACCCUGGAGGGUACGAUGCCGAUGAAAGGCACGAAGCUCAACGUUUCUCACUGGAAUAUGAUCCACAUGAUUUUGCUCCUGACAGCUGUAUUACAGCUGGCGUUGGGUCUUGCGGCGGCCUUGGUAGCGAACCGGGUUGUGGUUCCUGACGGCGGCGCUGUUGAGAUGGCGCAAGUCAUGAGGUCCAUGGCAAUCCAAGAUAGGAGGGCGAACGAGGAAGCUCUUGAGAAAGGGCUGACCACGGAGGGGGCAAAGGGCAGCAAGUGGAUCUACAGAGACACUUUGGUGUCAAAAGACGCAGGCAUCUAUGACCUGCACAUGGAGGAGCAAAUGUUCCACGCAAGAAAUGAGGCGGGGAUGAUUGAGAUGAACGCUCAACACACAAGUCGAGGAUCAACGCCAGUGAAGUAA